UCUCCUCGGCAUUGCGAGCGCCCAUGGAUUGGACACGCGUCUCUCUCGCCUCCUUCCCACUCCCACCACCACCACUGCCUCUUCCUCUUCUCCGGGAGUCCCAAACUGCAGCAGCGCGCGGCACAGGAGAGCGAGGAGGAGGAGGAGAUGGCGGAGGCGAAGCAGCAGCAGCAGCAGCCGCAGGCGGCGACGGCGGCGGCGGCGAGCGGGGUGUGGAAGACGGUGAAGCCCUUCGCCAACGGCGGCGCCUCCGGGAUGCUCGCCACCUGCGUCAUCCAGCCCAUCGACAUGGUCAAGGUGAGGAUCCAGUUGGGUGAGGGCUCGGCGGCUUCUGUCACCAAGAAAAUGCUUGCAAAUGAGGGAAUUAGUGCCUUCUACAAGGGCUUGUCUGCUGGUUUGCUCAGGCAAGCAACAUACACAACCGCUCGUCUCGGAUCCUUUAGGGUUCUAACAAACAAAGCGGUUGAAGCAAAUGAUGGGAAGCCACUGCCUCUAGUCCAGAAAGCUGGUAUUGGUCUCACCGCAGGAGCAAUUGGAGCCUGUGUUGGUAGUCCUGCGGAUUUGGCACUCAUUAGGAUGCAGGCUGAUUCAACGUUGCCAGCAGCCCAAAGUCGCAAUUAUAAGAAUGCUUUUCAUGCACUUUAUCGUAUUGCUGCUGAUGAAGGUGUUCUAGCACUUUGGAAGGGCGCAGGUCCAACUGUAGUGAGAGCUAUGUCGCUAAAUAUGGGCAUGCUUGCCUCCUAUGAUCAGAGUGUGGAGUUAUUUAGAGACACACUUGGUGCUGGAGAAGUCACUACUGUACUUGGGGCCAGUGCUGUUUCAGGGUUAUGUGCGUCUGCUUGCAGUUUACCCUUUGAUUAUGUGAAGACACAGAUUCAAAAGAUGCAGCCUGAUGCCUCCGGGAAGUAUCCAUACACUGGGUCUCUUGAUUGUGCCAUGAAGACCUUGAAGAGUGGAGGCCCAUUUAAGUUCUACACUGGCUUUCCUGUGUACUGUGUCAGGAUUGCACCACAUGCCAUGAUGACUUGGAUAUUCCUAAAUGAGAUCCAGAAGCUCGAGAAGCGUUUAGGCCUCUAAGAGCUGGUUGGUUCGGUCAUGCUGUCCUUACCUAAGACAUAACAACAGUCCAGGUGUACAUAGUCGAGCAAUUGCUUCUGAUAAACAAAAUCUUUAGCCUAUAUGCUUCCUUGGUGCUUUGAGCCAUUGACACCAAAUGAUCACCUCAUUUAUUGUUCUUUGGAUCAUUUCUUGGUAAAUUUUGGGCUUACAUACUGUUAUCAGUUUAACACGACUACCAAGUACCAUGAGAACAAUACGUUGUUGAAUGUUGAUUACUGGUUUGCCAUUUGUUUGACACUGUUA